UCUGGCAGAUUUGAUGUUUCACUUCUAUGCGUUUCUCUUCUUCCAGAGCUUCUCCUUAAAAUCCAGAGACAACUAUGGCUGAGGUACAUGGAGGGUGGACUGCCAUCAAACCAGCAGAUAGCAAUGUGAAGGCAAUCUGUAAAGAGGUGCGGCCCGAUGUUGAGAAACGAGUAGGCAAAAGUUUUGAAGAAUUCACCCCUCUGCAAUACACAAGUCUGCAGAAGAAAGGAAUCGACUACUGGAUCAAGGUUCAUGUUGGAGGUGAAGAUAGUCUGCACAUGAAAGCUCACCACAGCUUUGGUACUUUUGGUGAGGGAACAAAGAUCAUCAUUGUUGAUGCGAAAAAAAGUGCCGAUGAGCUAGUGCCAAAGUAAUUUUGUCUGGCAUAAUGGAUGAUGGCUAGAUUUACAGUUUGCUCCAUCUACCUUUUUUCCAUAAAGCCAUGAUGUAGAAACUGAUUAUAUUGACAUCUUACCUUGGGUUUAUUUUAAGCUGUGUGUUUGUUCUGUUCGCGUCUGCUAUUAGUGCUUCUCCCACUGAAUUAGGAUUCAGUCAUUAAAAUGUUUACUUUCGCUGACUGUCGCUUCUUCAAUUUACAGUUACUUGGCUCAUAUUCUAGUGAUUGUAAUGUGGCUCACACUCAAAAAUAGGGAAGCCUGAGUUAUUUUAAGGUUUUUAAGAACUUUUUACAACAAUAUAUGAAAUGGGUGGGUGACAUGGUGGUGAAGCGGUACCACUGCUGCUUGCAACCAGGAGACUGGGAUUCAAGUUCUGGGUGCUCCCUGUGUGACACUUCGAUGUUCUUCCUUUUUUAUGUAAGUUUCUUCCAGGUGCCCUAGUUUCCUCCUACAGUCUACAGACAAGCAGAUUGGUGAUGCUAAAUUGGUCCCUGCUGUGCGUGUGAUUGAUUGUUCUACCUGUGAUGGGCUGCCACCCUGUGCAGGGGUUGUUCUUGCCUUGCACCUGAUGCCCACUGGGAUAGGCCCCAAAUGCCCCCUGAAUCUCUUCAGGAUAAGUGGGUUUUGAAAACGGAUGAAUAGAUAUAAUGAGCAGAAAACCAACAUUUUACUUGUACUUAAAUACAAUUAAUAUCAGAUACUUUAAAAUAUUUCUUUGAGUACUUUCAUUUUACUUUUACAUUAUUAAAUUUUCUGAAAAGUAUUUCAACUUUUA